CACGUCACCGUACAUGUCUAAAUACAUUGUACCAAUGAACGUAACCAAUUUAUUAAUCGCUUACUUUUCUUUCUUCCAUCGAUGUUCUUGUGAAAGAAAUUGUUAGGUCAUUUAAUGUGAGAGAGAUGGCGAAUGCAUCACAGUUCGACCCAGAGCUUGCGAUUUCUCACAAAUUCCCUGAUACUACAUACUCCUAUACCGAAAGGGAUGCAGCACUUUAUGCCUUAGGUGUAGGAGUGUGUUUAUCAGAUGCUGUUGACACUGAUGAGCUUAAAUAUGUUUACAAUGAAAAUGGUCAGGAGUUUAUCAAGGUAUUGCCUACAUUUGCAACUUUGCUUAUACGUAAUUCUGGGGCAAGUAGUUUCAUUCUUCCUGGCUUGGAAUAUGAUCCCCGGCUUCUGCUUCAUGGACAGCAAUACAUAGAAUUAUACAAACCUUUUCCUUCCAGCUGUCAGAUACACAAUAAAAUCAGUCUUGCAGGAUUACAUGAUAAAGGUAAAGCAGCAAUUUUGGAGAUUGAAACAAAAAGCUAUGAGAAAGAUUCUGGUGAUUUAUUAUGCAUGAACAGGACAACUGUCUUUCUACGUGGUGCUGGUGGCUUCUCAAAGUCAUCUAAGCCAUUUUCUUAUACAAACUACCCUUCGAAUCAGACUUCAGCUGUGAAAAUUCCUGAAAGUAUACCAUUUUCGGUGUUUGAGGAUCGUACCCAACCAUCUCAGGCAUUGCUCUAUAGGCUAUCUGGUGACCAUAAUCCUCUGCAUUCAGAUCCCAUCAUUGCGAAGGUUGCCGGAUUCUCGCAGCCAAUAUUGCAUGGACUGUGCACAUUAGGAUUUGCAGUUAGGGCAAUCAUCAAAUGCAUAUGCAGAGGAGAUCAAGAUUUGAUAAAAAGCAUAGCGGGCAGAUUUCUUCUGCAUGUCUACCCUGGUGAAACUCUGGUUACUGAGAUGUGGCUUGAAGGCUUAAGGGUAAUUUAUCGGACUAAGGUGAAAGAGCGCAAGCGAACAGUCCUUUCUGGCUUCGUAGAUCUGCGUGGUUUAACUUCAUCACUGUGAAAGAAUUCAAUUAUGUGUUCAAUAAUAUUGUGUAGGUUCAUAAUACUGGCAGAGGGUUUGCCAUUAAGAAUCUGUCCAAUAAACUAAUGAUGCAUUUUAGACAGAUGAUUAAAAUUUAAAAAUGGGUAUUUAUGUAGAAUAGUAAGGUGUUUUUUGCAUGAACUUAACAUGUAGGUGGAAUUGAUUGAAUAUAAAACAGUUCGUAACUGGAAAUUAGUUGUAAUAUUACCUCUCA